AUGUCCGUGAAACGAACGCGCGCUGCUUAUGAGUCUGAUUUGCAGGCCAAGCAGAGCCCCUUUGUAGCUUAUGGCACUCCGCUCCCUCCGCUUGACCCUGAUGUCCGGGAUGACGGGUCGUAUGUUCCUGUUUGGAAGCAAGAGGUGACGGAUGAGAGGGGAAGGAAACGUCUACAUGGAGCUUUCACUGGUGGAUUUAGCGCAGGCUACUUCAACACUGUUGGAUCGAAAGAAGGAUGGACUCCAUCCACCUUUGUCUCCUCGCGAUCGAGUCGCAAGAAUGGCGAAACGAAGAUAAUAGAACGGCGACCCGAGGAUUUUAUGGACGAGGAAGAUCUUGCGGAUGCCGAAGAACACCAGAGGGUCCUCACAGCUGGGGAUUUCACGGCAUUGGGCUCUACGGAAGGUGAGGUCAUGAAGCGUGGUGGGUACAUGGACCUUUUCAAAACCGAGGGCGAGACAAUGGGAGUCAAACUGCUGAAGAAGAUGGGCUGGCGAGAAGGCCAAGGGGUGGGACCAAAAAUCCGAAGAGCUGCAAGACUGGGCAUGGAGAUUUCCAGUGCUGGCCAGCCCCAAGAGCAGCAUCUUUUUGCGCCAGAUAAUACGCCAAUGAUAACAUUUAUUCGAAAGACCGAUCACAAAGGGUUGGGGUUUGCUGGCUCCGCAAAGCUAGGGGAAGAAAACCAAAACAAUGUUGUUUCGAAACCGGAAGUCGACAGGGGGGAAGUGUUUGGAACGACCCGGCCAAUGACAACCAAGAAGGCAAAGAAAGCUGUUCGUGGCGGUAUCGGCAUGGGGGUUUUAAACGACACUGGUUCUGAUGACGAAGACCCAUACGAAAUUGGCCCGAAGAUCUCAUACAAUAAGGUUAUUGGCGGCGACAAGAAAAAGAAGAACCCCGUCAUAAGUGGCGCGGCCAAGCCGGUGUUUAUCUCUAAAAAGGCUGCGGCAGCAAGAGCAUCUCUGGGAUUCCGUAAAUGUCACGACGGACGCCUUCCUUUAGAUGGGUUCGUAUUGGGCAGUGGGACGGAUUCCGUUGAUGUCACAUCGAUGGAUAAAUAUCGACCAGUCGAAAUUCCCCCGGAUUGGACAUCUGCAAAAACAACAACCGCUGCUCCUGGAGCAUCUGACUAUGUAUCAACUGCAGAUGCUGCCAGAGCUUCGACAUUAGACCCGAAGUCGCGUGCAGCAUUGCUGGGCGAGGCACCUUUGCCAGGGAAGUCCGUCUUCGACUUCCUCUCCAAGUCCGCUCGUGAUCGCAUCGCUUCAGCAUCGGGGAAGACGAACCUGCCUGCAGCUCUAGGAGAAGUCCCAGAGGGUUACGUUCCACCACCCGAACGCCGACGAGAAUCGCCAGGUCAAAUUCCAAACAUUGACAUUGAUGUCGCCGUAGCUGCUCUGGGCCGCAGCGGGAGUGGUUGGAUGCCAUAUUCUGACAAUGAAGAAAAACGGUUACGGUAUACGAUUUAUUUGGAAAUACAAGCAGGCGUCAGAGAUGGGCUUCCAGAGAAGGAACCGGGUGUGGCAAAAGAAGACUGGAUCAGGGAGCUUCAGGAGUUUGCACAUAGUGCGCAGAUCUUCAAACCAAUGACUGGAAUGAUGGCAACUCGGUUUACCUCCUCAUCAUCAGCACCUACGGCAUCUGAAGGCGCUUCGAACAAGCCCGGGACUUUACUCAGUAAGCCGCAGCCAAAGCAGGAAGAUCCAGCCGAGGCCGCGGCUAAGGCUGGUAUGUUUGGGCGCCUGACGAGAUCAGAAGAAGACUUCUACCCAACUAGGCUACUGUGCAAGAGAUUUGGUGUCCGCCCUCCAGCUCAUGUACAGCCAGACCCCGAGAACGAAAGGGCCGGUGGGAAAGAUUCCGGUCCAGCAACUAAUACCGGCCAACCACCCCGGGCGUCGGAGCUGAUUUCAAAAUCUGAUAUCGACGAUUUGAUCAGGGAGUCUGGUGGCCGCAACCAACACUAUCAGACUGCGACUGGCGGAGAUGUAAUACCACCGGUAGAAAGGCCUAGGGAAGUUGUGGUUGAUACGGAACGGAACGAAGCAUUAGAAGGCGAAAGACCCGGAGAAGCCGUGUUUAAGUCAAUUUUCGGCGAUGAUCCUCGCGCAUCCACCCCAGCGAUAUCUUUUACCCAUCGCAUCAGCAACACAUCCGACAAUCCAGCCGCGAGGCCCAACUCAUCGUCUCUAACCCCCAUCUCCGCCCCAUCGACCACGACGUUGUCAGACACGCCCGACGCCCGCGCCGGCCCCGUUCCCAUCGGCCACGGCCACCGCGCGCAGCACGACAAGUCGCAAGAGGAGCAGUCGCAGUCGCAAAUUGAGCGCAGCACGCCGUCCUCACCGCCCCCGCAGUACCCGCAGGAAUCAGCAGGAGCCUCUUCCUCGCCGCGACCCUGUUCUCGCAGCCCACCACCGUUUUCGCCGCACGACAAUUACUUUUCGCCCACCGCCGCUGAUCCUGGCGCCGUUGACGAGGUAGCAGUUUCCGACGACGCAGCGAGCUCAGCUUCAGUACCAGCGUACGCAUCGCUAGCCCCUGAAUUUGCAGAGAGGACACGAGCAGACGACGCGGUUGCAGAGACAAAGGCAGCGCUACCGCGGGAUAAUAAGGGGGAAUCUUCUUGUAAGAAGGACGACGAGGAGCCUCCGCCUGCAUAUACGGAAGGGUCGAGCCCGUUACUCUCGUUUAGCUAUCUGAUGGCGGCCGCGGGAGGAGUUGCGAGUAUUCUUACUCAGGUGCAGCAGGGUGGUCCGCCGCCGAUUAAUACGCUUGGAGAUGUUGGUGCCGAUGAGAAUAUCACUAUGGACCUGAGGGGCACGCGCUUCACUCUAUCAAGAGACGAACUCUUAACACUCCCCGAAUUCGUCCUCCUAUCCCUCUUCCCCAACGGGCUUCUACCAGAUGGCCACGUAAACGCCUACCAAGAAGGGGACGCCUUCCAAGUCGACUAUGACCCCGCCUCCCUCCAAUACAUGCUCGAAUUCUUCCGCAACGUCGCGCAAACCAUCCCCGACGUGCCCACCCUCGACGACUCCGACGUAGGCGCCAACCUCGACAACCCCGCCGGGUCGGCACGCGACAUGCUCCGCGACCGCGCGGGCAUCAUCGUGCUGCGCGAGGACCUGGAUUUCUACGCCAUCCCGCCGCGCGCGGACAUUGAGCAGAGCGAGAUGGUGGAGGUGAAGAGGGCGGCGGGGAAGGCGCUGUUGAGGCAGGAUGGGAUUUUUUCGGGGCUGAGGAGGAGUGAGGAGACGGGGACGACGGAGCAGCAUUUGAUUGAGAUGUUGACUGCUGGCGGAUUCAACCACACAGACGGCUGGGGCCACCGCGCUGGCGAACCCAACAAAGCCGUAAUCUGCAGCCUCGCCCUCGCCCGUCUGCGCACCGACGUCCGAUCCGGCGCCGAAGGCGGCGCCGCUGUAGGCAUGGCGCAGAAAUUGUUGCUGUUUUGGCGCAAACCGGCGAGGAGGUGCUGGUGGGAAGGUGUCGAGCUGGAGGGUGUCGAGGGCGUGGAGGGGAAGCUGAAGGUCUGGAUUAGGAGGGUGUGGACGCUGGAGAUGAGUGUUAUUGGGUUGAGAUAGAGGGGGGCAGGUUGGAGGUGGCCUACUAAUUGCGUGGUGGUGGAAGUUUUCUUCUCCUUUGUAAUUCUCGUCAUCAUCUCAACAACCAACCAAUUUUCCUUUUUUUGGGGCUCGUCAAAAACUUUGGGGGAUUUUCCUCUCUUUGUUAUUGUUCUUUCCUAUUUUUUUGGGCGAAAGAGAAACGCAUUUUCAGCGAAACGUAUCUGUGGUUUUUUCCUUUCGUUUUCUUUAUUUUGAUACUACAAUACAGAGUGCGGCAAUGCACAAUUUACAGACAGCCAAGAUUGGAGCAGUGGUUUUGGGGCUCAUGGGCCCGUGUUUUGAUUCGUUUCGUUGGUGGGAUGGGGGUUGGUGAUAUUGGAAAACAUGUGAAGCAUCUAGGCAAGAAGGCUAGGACGAGGGGAGGGAUAGGAUUUGGGUGCAUGACGCGGAGUCUAGGUUUAAGAGGGGAGCUCCGUUAGCUAGAGGGGGGUAGCAGAAUACAAAGC